UAGCUGGCUAGUGCCGGACAGCGCAGCCACGCAGGCCUUGCCCCAACAGCACUACAGUAGUGCCUGGUGUCAAGACGAUGGCGCGGGUGCUAGCAUCGUCCUGGGUGAUCGUGUCAUUAGUUCCAGGGGCAUGCUUCCUGGUGCCGACAAACUCAAGAGCUGCACUGCACUCAGCGGGGCGCCGCCAGCUCGGGCAAGGGUACCGAGAUCAGCAGCCGUCCUCGCGGCAACCUCGAAACACAGCAGCAGGGCGACGAGAAGUCGUGCGAGCUAUGUUCUCGGGCAUCGUGGAGGAAAUGGGAUCGGUGGCCUCGCUCGUAAAGAACGACAAGGUCAAGCUCUGGGACGGCUCGGAGGGGGCCGGGGUCGAGCUCACAGUCAAGGCGAACACCGUUCUGGAAGGAGCCACGGAAGGGUGCAGCAUUGCCGUCAAUGGCGUUUGCCUGACGGUCACCUCCUUCAAUGACGACGAAUUCAAGGUGGGCCUCGCGCCCGAGACCCUCCGGAGAUCAAACCUGGAAGACUUGAGGGCGGGGGACGGGGUCAACCUUGAGAGGGCCCUGCCCGUGGACGGGCGAAACAGCGGCCACUUCGUGCAGGGGCACGUGGACAACGUCGGGACUAUCCUGAGCAUGGAGGCCGACGAGGACUCGCUCGUCGUCAAGGUGGAAGUUCCCCAGGAUUUGAUUAGAUAUAUCGCCCCGAAGGGCUUCAUCGCGGUGGAUGGCACCAGCCUCACGGUGUGCGAAGUGAACAACCAAGAGUGCUGGUUCACCUUCAUGCUGGUGGCCUACACGCAGCAACAUGUCGUGAUUCCGAAGAAGAGCAAAGGGGACAAGGUUAACCUCGAGGUGGACGUGUUGGGCAAGUACAUUGAGCGAUCUUUGUCGUCGGUGCUCGACCGACUAGGCGCCCUCGAAGACUGGCGAGAGUGGGCGGGCGGAGCGUAG